GAGACUUUGACAAGACGCGUGAUUUUAAUUAAAUAAUUUUUCUCGAUCCUAUUAAUUUGCGAUGUAAAUUCCUCCAUAUUUUAAUAUUUAGUCAUAAGUUAUUCAAUAUGUCUAAUAAACAUCUUCAAAGUUCUAAUAUUACAGCUCAAAAUCAGCUUAUACAAUGGAUAAACGAAGCUGGUAUGGCAGAGGGAACCAAAAAGGUGAACUUGCUAAGAAAAGUUAUCGAAAUCCUACUGCAUUCUGCCUCACAAAUGUUACCUGUAUAUAUGGAAAACAUUCUAAGUUAUGUUAGUGAUAAAUCUAACGAUGUUAAGAAACAAGUAAUUGGUUUUAUUGAAGAAAUAAGCAAACUUCACCCUCAGUAUCUACCAAAAGUGAUUGGUCAACUACGACUUUUCAUAUCAGAUACAGUAGUAGCAGUACAAAAGCGAGCUAUACAAGCUGCAAGUAUUGUCUAUAGAAAGACUCUGCUUUGGAUAUGUGACACUUCUGCAGAUCUGUCUGAAAUGCAGCUUGUUUGGGAGAAUCUCACCCAGUUAAAGCUUAUGGUGUUAAACAUGAUAGAUAGUGAUAAUGAGGGUAUUCGCACACACUCAAUUAAAUUCUUGGAAGAGGUGGUGCUUCUGCAAAGUCACGGUGAAGGUUCUUCUGACGACGAGUUCUGUUUGGACGAUCUGCCAACUAACCUACCCUUCAUAAAUAGGAGAGCACUAGAAGAAGAAUCUGAGCAUAUUUUUAAACUGCUCGUAAAAUUCCACAAUUCUCAACAUAUUUCUAGUGUCAAUUUGAUGGCUUGUAUGACCACACUAUGCCUCCUGGCUAAAUUCAGACCUAAGUUCAUGCCCCGAGUCAUACAAGCUCUAGGUGAUCUGCACACUACAUUACCACCAACCUUAUCACAGUCACAAGUGAACUCUGUAAGAAAGCAUUUGAAAAUGCUACUCAUAACCUUGAUAAAACACCCUUCAUCAAUUGAAAUGAUGCCACAACUUACCCAACUAUUGAUCGAUAUUGGAAUGACAACACAGGAAAUAAAUAAAGUGGUUCCAAAAGAACGGAGAAAUAAAAGACUUGGUGAAAUAAAGAAUGGGGAUACACCAUCCAAAAGGAUAAGAGUUGAUUCACCCCAAAGUAACAGCCAAGGCAGCGACAGCAACAGUCGCAGCGACUUUAUAAUGUUCGAGGAUACUACUACCUCGGAACCAAGUCAAGCUUUACCAAAGCCAAACGUAACUGAAGAGAGUGUUCUAGAUGGUCUAAAUAAUGUUGAAAUCGUUGUUAGUUUAGUAACAGCGACAUUAGUGAACUGCCUCCCAGCAGAGAUGCCGGCCAAUUUCGUCGAUCUCUACAAACCAAUACCGAAUUCCGGGAGCAAAGCACAAAAAAAGAACUUAGCGAAAAUGAUGUUAGCUUUGAUCAAGGAGGAACCUAUUGCAACGUCUUCAGUUACAAAACCAGCUCCGCCUCAAUCAGCUUUUUCUGAUAUUGCAGCUAAAAUACCUUUACUCCGCGACGAUGAUGAAAAGAUAACACUGAAAAAUGCUGUAGCUAAGUUACAAGAAUCGACGAAAGCCGACAGACAAGUCGAGAGUGCUGUAUCGAAGCUGAUGGAAGAAACAAGACAGGAACACUUAAAAGAGGAGGAAAGGAAAGCAAAAGAAAAAGAGAAACCGAUACCGCCACCGACGCCGACAGUACCGAAACUCAAACAGAAGGUCAAAUUGCUUAAGCUUCAAGAAAUAACACGUCCAAUACCUAAAGAAAUAAAGGAGAGGUUGUUGAAACAAUCUGUUAAUCGGAUAUUAAGAGCAGAGAAAGAGAGUGCCAUCGGCGGUGUCGCUCAUAUACGAGCUAAAUUUAUAACGAUAUUCGCAUCAAGUUACACACCAGAAAUAAGAGAAUUAGUUCAGAAUUACAUUUUGGAAGACCCACUUAGUAGGAUUGAUUUGGCACUGUCAUGGUUGUAUGAAGAGUAUGCUUUUAUGCAGGGCUUCAAUCGUCAUCCUGUUACAUUGCAACCGAAGCUGCACGAAAAACAUGAUCAGAAUUAUAGCCAGCUACUUUGUGUAUUGAUAACGCAGAUCUGUGAGAGAGGGGACCCUAUUAUGGAAAACAAUAGGGACGUUUUACUAAGGAAGAUAUAUUCAGAGGCGCCGGUGGUGACCGAAGAGGCUGUAGAUUAUCUUAAACAUUUAGUGACCGAAGAAAAAGUAGCGUUGGUAGCUUUGGAAAUAUUAGAAGAUCUAUGUUUGAUGAGACCUCCGCGAGCUCACAAAUUUGUUGCUGCGCUGGUGUGUCAUGUCUUGAACGAAAAUGAAGAAAUACGCGACAUUACCAUCAAAUCGGUGUUGAAAAUAUACCUACAGGGCUCUGAAGCCGUCAAGAGAGUGAUAGAGAAGCAUGCUAUGUUAUACUUGGGCUUCAUAUCGCUGUCCAGCCCUCCGCAAGAGUUGCUCACUCACAGACAUUCCACGCGGACGCCAUGGACCGACGAAUUGUUCAAAAUGUGUCUAAAUUUGAUUAUGGCGUUAUUCCCAUAUAACGAAGAAUUAAUAUUGGAAGUGGCGCGAGUAUAUGGAUGUGCGGGUUCGGACGCGAAGCGUGUAGUGUUGCGGGCGGUGGAGGGGCCCGUCCGGUCGCUGAUCGCCGCACCGGACGCGUCCGAAUCAACGGACCGGACGGGUCCGUCCGAACACGAGGGACGGACGGACGGCCAACUGAGACCCGCUUUCCGCGCUCUGCUGGAAGAGUGCCCUCGCGGCGCUGAGACUCUCCUGACAAGAUUGGUUCACAUAUUCACUGAGAAAGCACCCCCGUCUCAAGAACUGGUCUCGCGCGUACGAGAACUGUACGCAACGAGGGUGUCCGACGUUCGAUUCCUUAUUCCAGUUCUUACCGGUCUAUCUAAAAAGGAGAUUUUGGCAGCCCUACCAAAGCUUAUAAAGCUCAAUCCUGUUGUAGUGAAGGAAGUAUUCAACAAACUCCUCGGCUUGCAGAACCCUAAUGAGGAAUCACCGAUUGAUCCAGUGGAGUUGAUGAUCGCUCUGCAUCUGAUCGAUCCGAGCAACGCCGAUUUGAAAUAUAUAAUUAAAGCGACGGCGCUUUGUUUCGGGGAGAAGAACACUUACACGCAGGACGUGUUAUCCGCGGUGCUGCAGCGGCUGGCCGAGCAGCCGCAGCUGCCGGUGCUGAUGAUGCGCUCGGUGCUGCAGGCGCUGACGCUGCACCCCGCGCUGGCGCCGCUCGUGCUCAACAUCCUGCAGCUGCUCGUCGAGAAGGAGGUGUGGAAGAACAAGGUGGCGUGGGAGGGGUGGCUGAAGUGCACGGAGCGCCUGCUGCCGCAGUCCGGGUUCCUGCUGUGCGCGCUGCCGGCGCGCGCGCUGCACGCGGGGGCGGGGGCGGGGGCCGCGGGGGCGGGGGGCGGGGGCGCUGCUGCGGCGCCACGUGGGGGCGCUGCCGCCGCACGAGAGGAGCGCGCUGCCGCCGCACGUGCUCGCCGCCGCGCAACAGGUGAACGCAAUACCGUAUUGUCCUGAUUGCAGGCCAAUUGGCGUGAUGACUCAUUUUUGUUUGUUUGGCCGGCAGAUGAUUGAAGAAUAUUGAACGCGUAUUUUUUUUUAUUUGUUACAUUAAUCAAUAAAUUACGGUGAU